AUGCGGUUCUCUGCGUUAACCUCCCUCCUCGCCUUGGGAGCCUUCACCGGCGUCCUCGCGACGCCCACCAAGGUCUCCCGGGCACCCUCGCUGGUGGAGCGUGACUUUGCUGCGGUCACCAGUGUUGUCGCUGCCAUUUCGUCCAAGGUCGAUGCUCUGGAUGCAGACAUCAAGGCCUACACUGGAGGCGAUACGUCCGCCAUUGUGGGCGCUUCUGCAGCCCUCAUCUCCACCAUCAACGAUGGCACUUCCACCGUUGCGGCCCAGCCAGCUCUGAGCCAAACUGACGCUCUGAAUCUGGUGAAUCCAAUCUUGGCUCUGACCAGCAAGGUCAAGACCACCAUCAACGACCUCGUCUCCAAGAAGAGUCUGAUCGUCGCUGCCGGCGGGGGUCCUACCACCUAUAACCAGUUGCUGGCCCAGUACACGGCCUCCUCGAACUUAGCUACGACCCUGUCCGGCAAGGUACCGGCGGCUCUCAAGGACGUCGCUACUCAGCUGUCGUCGGGGAUCACCUCGGCCAUCCAGACGGGUAUCGACGCUUACAAGGAUGUGGGCACUGGCCCGACCACUACUUCUUCGACGACUUCCGCUCCUCCUACGACUACACCUACAACUACACCUACAACUACCCCUACGACUACCUCCACUCCAUGCGAGACUACUACUACUACUACAACCACCCCUACGACCACUUCCACUCCAUCUACCCCUCCUCCUACUGGAACUACCACUCCCUGCGAGUCUACCACCACAGCUACCCCUCCUCCUACUGGAACCACCACUCCCUGCGAGAGCACGACCACGGUUGUCCCCGUUCCCCCAGGAACACAGACCUCCACCUCCACUACCAGCCAGACCAAGACUUCCACUAACUCGGUCACCGUCACCGCUACCGGGACGACCCACUGCCACGAGUGUAAGGGCACCACCAGCAUCCCCAACCCACCCGGCCCCACCACCUUGACCACCGCCCCUGCCCCGUGCACGACUUGCGGUGGUCAAAAGACCACUACGCCCGUUGUGGUUCCUCAGCCCACAACCUCCCAGUCGAGCCCUACGACCAUCGCUCCUCCUGGAGGGCUCGCCACCGGUGCAGCCAGCAAGUUGGGCUCGUCUGUCGGCAAGGCCUUGGUUAUUGGUGCAAUUGCACUGUUGCUGUAG